AUGCGUUUUUCAUGUAUUAUUGGGGGUUUGUUGACCAUCAGUAGUGUCGCCCUGGCCACCACAAUCGAAUCAGAUAAUUUCGAUGUCGCCAGUGCAUUGCAAGAUCUGAAUGUGAAGGUUACCGAGAUUCCGGCGUUGAAAUCAUUCCCCGAGGAUCAAUCGGAAUGGCGAAAGGAUGGCUGUUCCGUCGCUUGCUCCAGCUUGAAGUCUCUCUUUGGUUCACAAGUCUCAACACAAAGCAGUACUGGAUACAGCAACUUCACCGAUUCCUUCUGGUCUGUCCAACAAGAAGAGGUUCAGCCGUAUUGCAUCUUCCGGCCUACUGUGAACACUGAGGUCAGCGUCGCUGUCUUGCUGUCUCGAUUUACUGGCUGUAAGUUUGCUGCCAGAAGUGGUGGCCAUGCUGCCUUUGCAGGCGCUUCGAGCCGGCCGGGUGGUAUUAGCAUCUGGUUCAAAGACAUGAAUGAGAUCACCUUGAAUGAGGAUCAAUCAGUUGUUUCCAUCGGACCCGGAAACAACUGGCUUGCUGUCUACUCCGCCCUUGAGCCGUAUGGUCUGGCUGCUGUCGGCGGUCGCGCUGCUAGCAUUGGGGUCGGUGGUUUUGUCCUCGGUGGUGGAAUUUCCUACCAUUCCAACCUGUACGGAUGGUCUUGCGACAAUGUUGAGAGUUUUGAGGUCGUUACUGCCAGCGGUUCAAUUCUCACUGUCAGCGAGAAUUCAUCUCCGGACUUGUAUUGGGCUUUGCGAGGUGGUGGCAACAACUUCGGUCUUGUCACCAAAUACAACCUCUAUACAAUUCCCGCACCUCAGAUGUACGGCGGCACAAGAACCUACUUAGAGACCGAGUUCCCAAAUGUUGUGAAUGCGUGGACGAACGUGGUAAAUAAUGCCAGCGUGGAUGGUCAUGCUCAGGGUUGGGUUGCAUUCACAAAGUAUCAAGGAACGAAUAUCGCCUCUGCCGAGUUGGCUUACACCAAAAAUGACUCCAAUCCCGAGAUCUUCAAGCAAUACCGAAGUAUUCCCGCAAUCUCCGACACUUCAAGCUCAAAGUCACUCGUGGAGUAUGUGAAGUACGUUGAGACCGAGAACCCAUUCGGCCUUCGGGAGGUGUAUUGGCCAAUUACUGUCCAACUGAACGAGAAUUUCGCAAAGUGGGUGGUCGGAACUUUCUACUCGAUGGUUCCUCGGGUAGCGAAUGUUACCGGCGUGCAGCCAGUCAUCGUGUACCAAGGAAUCACCGAGCCAAUGCUAAAGAACAUGGCCAACAACGGUGGUAAUGCACUUGGCCUCGAUGCCUCCAAUGGGCCACUUCAUCUCAUGCACAUUUCUUGCUGGUGGAGUAACGAAUCCGAUGACCAGACGAUUUAUGCAUUCAUCAACAGCUUUUGGAAGAAGGUCAUUGCACAUGCCAAGGAUGUUGGCGUCUACAACGAGUAUAUCUAUAUGAACUACGCGAGUAUGUUCCAGGAUCCUAUUUCGGGAUAUGGCUCUUCCAAUAAGGCCACACUUAGGAAAAUUGCCAAGAGAUAUGAUCCUAAGCAGGUCUACCAAAACCUCCAGCCUGGAUACUUCAAGCUCCAUGGCCCUCCCGCGGUUGGAUCGUUUGAUUCUUGA